UUGCGCCCCAACUCAGAAUUGCACCCCGGAGGAUCCUGGGCUGCUGGGGAAGGGAUUGGAGGGGAGCCAAGGUUACAAUAGCUGAUGACUAUCUUACAGAACCGAAAGAGGAGUCUCCGAAUACCUCGAAUACCUCGAGGGCAGGUUAAUUGGCCUCGUGGACUGGAAUGCCUAGCCAGAAAUCGGGAUUGGAAAUAAUGGAUGAAGAUCAAUUAAUGGAAGAAGUCUUGGAUAAGUUUGUGAAUUGUCAUGAGCAAACAUAUGAAGAGUUUCGGAGCACUUUUACUCAUCUUUCAAAAGAAGAUAAUGUGACCAAAAGAGGAGCACUUGGAACUGACGCUUCUGGAAAAAUAUUUACCUCAGUAAAAUUUACUCAUAAAAAUGAACCAAAUGACCACCAUCUUAGAAAUACAACUGUAUUUCAUCAGACUUCAUCACAAUGUUCGGAAGAAGAACAGAUAGUGAUGGAUGAAGGUCAAAAAGUCGGCAGUUUCCUUCAAGGUGAUCUGAACAGGGCAGGAAAGAUCAAGGUAGACAACUUCCUAGAUUUAGAAGAUUUUGAUAUGGAUGAAGAGAUUGAGCCCCAAAUGAGCAAGGAUUUCCUGCUGCUUCCAGGACAAGUGGAAGAGGAUGUGAGCACCAGUGUUUGUUCUUUCAUUCCUUCUGUGGACAAGCCUCUCGCUGCUGAGGGGAAGCCAAAGCCCACUGUUAAGAGAACAGAGAAGCAAGCAGAGGAGAUAUUUGGUGAUGAAGUCCAGCCCUUCUCACUUGAUGAAGAAUUUGAUUAUGACAAUGUGGCUCUAACCCCCAAGUUCACUGCUGCAGAGAUGGAGACCAUCAGAGAGCUGUUGAAGCAAGAGAGAAAGAACACCAACACAGACCUAUGACUGAUUUACCAAAGCAUCUCUGUUUAUUUUGUUUUGUUUUUAGUUCUUCAAGCAGUAUCAGAGUAAAUGAUAAGCUAGCCAUAAUUCCCUUUGUGGAAAUCUAUACGUGUGCCUUCAUUUUUCAGAGUUAUUUCUCAGUUAGGAGAGAGGGCAACUGACCAGAGAGCUGAGGAGGUGGCCUUAUCCUGACAUAUUGUUGCACCCUGUGACUCCUGGGGAUGGAGAAGGAAAUGGGGACAGGAAGUAAGAAUUACCUAAGGGAUUAUUGAUGAGAGCACAGCACAGGGUGAUGCACAAGGGUUAAAGUGAAAAGUGCAGACAGGAGCACUCCUUUCUGGGUGAAGGACAGUCACACCUGGGAAACAUGUUGUAAUACAUAGAGGAAAAGUGCUCACAGAGGUCAGAGAUGGUGGCAUCAAUGUGUGCGUUGAGAGAGCUAACUUCUGGAAUUGAUUGGGCUUCGCAGAAAAAGAAGGCUUCUGAGAAUUGAUUAUAUGUCAUAUAUAGAAUUCUCCAAUUUGUUAUUAGUGUUAAACCAUGUGUGAUAGUUACAAAGUACAAAGAAUGAUUUCUGUAUCCAGAAUCUUUUAAAUUUGAAAAGGCAAGACAACUAGAGAAUAUUGGAACAUUGGAAUGCAAAUAACGCAGACCACCCACAAAUGCAUCAAGGAAAAGAGGGGUGAAGACCCAGAACAAGGGGGAAUAAUAUGCAUGAAGUAAUUUUUAAUGUUGAAGGAAUCGGUAACAAAUCAAAUGUAAUUAGUCUUUAUUGGUUUUCUUGCCUCUUUUAAAUAGAUUUUGUUUUUUAAAGUAGUUUUAGGUUUACAGCAAAAUUGAGGAAGAAAUUAAGAGCGUUCCCAUAUUAUUCCCUGCCUGCUCCCUCCCUGACUAUCAGCACCCCACCCCACUGAGUACAUGAGUACAUUUGUUUUGUUUUGAUCUGAUUUUUUUUCUAUUGCUUUUCUUCUCUUUUUUCCUUUGUGAUAAGAACACUUAACAUGAGAUCUACUCUCUUAAAAUUUUAGGUACAUGAUAUUGUGAAAGCCAAUCCUAUACAGUGGGUCUCUAGAAUUUACUUAUUCAUGUGUAACUAGAGGUUUAUAUGAUGGAAUAGCAUCUCCCUGUUUUCCCUCCCUGAGUCCCUGAUGGCCUCCACACCACCCUCUGCUCCUGUGGUUGAUAUCAGAGGGUGUGUCAUAUUUGUCCUUUGGUCACUGGCUUAUUUCACUCUGCACAAAGUCCUUCAGGUUCUUCCGUGUGGCCACGCCUGGCAGGGUUUCCUUCUUUUUCUAAGGCUGGAGGUUUAGUUUAGUUUCCCAAGGUGAGUGUGCAUCACAUCUUCUUUAAUCAUCAGACAGUGGUCAUGUAAGUUGUUCCCAUGUCUUGGUUGUCAUGACGAAAGCUGCAGGCGUGUGUCUAUAUGAAGAAUUGUAUGUGAGUGUGCAGAGAUACUCAUAAAAACGUCAUUUAUAUUCUUGCUUGAAAGAAGUGUUGUGUUGUGGUAGAGUCAAGUGAUUUACACCUUUGUUUAUUGAACAAACUUUCAUAAAACACCAUUAUGUCUCAAAUCUCAUUCACACUAGAAUGGGAAGAUACGAGUAAAUUAGACAUGGUCUAAUGUCAUGGGGAAGGGAGAUGAAGACACAGGUAAUUACAGGAGAGCAGAAUUAUCCCACAGAAUAAUUACUGGCUGCAUUCUAGAGCACUUGAUAUGUAGCCACUGUGACUGAGGACCUGGUUUUUAAAUGCUGCUUGAUUUUUAUUUCAACUGAAAAUUUAAAAAAACCCCUGAUAUUUGGUAUAGAUAUCAGAAAACUUUCAAGUAUAUUUAGAACAACUUGGCUACAUGAAUAUGAAUUUUUCAACAGUAAAUUUUGUCAAAUCUAAAUAUAGAUCAGUUAGUUUUGAUGACAGGUCAGUGUCUGGAUUUAAAAUAUGCUCUAAGUGUAUAACACAUUGGAUUUCAAAGAUUUGACAUGAAAAAUUGUUAUUUUUUGGUAUUGAUUAUAUGUUGAAAAGGUAUUCUUUUUGUACUCAAAUUCACCUAGUUAAAUGAAAUACAUUAUUAGAAUUCAUCGUUUCUUUUGACCUUUUUAGCGAGGCUACCUGGAAGUUUUAAACUGCACAUGUUGCAUGUGAAUUUUUAAGUGUCAGUGUUGCAGCAGAGGAUAAGAAUGUUGUGUAGCAAGAGCUACAGUGGCAAAACACGUGGGAAUUUUUGAAUUAUGCCACGGGGAGCCAGGAAUCUUUACAGUGAAGGUGAUGCUAUGGUGCCAGGAAGAAUCAGUAGGGGUUUUUGAGGCAGUGGAGGGUGGAGAACAUUACAGUCAGGGAAUAGAGCCCAGAAAGCAAAAUGAUGUAUGACCAUGGCUGUUUAAAGGAAAGCCAUAGCCUUCUGUAGGUCGUGUCAGGAUAACUGGGAAAACUGCAGGGGAGGAAGUCGGGAAUGUAGGCUGAAUGCUGAAGGCCAUGUGUGCCGUAGAGUCUUCUGUAGUUGAUGGGGAGCUGUUUAAGGAAUAGAGGAAUCAUAAGAUCCAAAAUGUAUUUCAGGCAGGGGACUUGGUGUGAGUGUGAGGGGUAGAAUGAGCAGAGGUGACACUAAAUCAGGGAGACAAGUUUGGAGGCUGUUAGAAGUUUGCGUGGGAGAGGAUAAGAAAUGAGUCCAGGCAGCGUGGGUGGAAAUGGAGGGCCUGGAUUUGAUUAGAGAUGCAGGAGCAGAGCUAGCAAGGACUGUGGGCUGAUGCAGUGUGGGAUGGAGAGAAGGACUGUGAGGUUAAGACAAAAUAUUAGUGUGUCAUCUAUGCCUGUGCUGAGUUGGGACAAUCUUGGGAUGUGUCUGUUCACCGAGUCAGAGACUCUCAUUGGACUCUAGGUGGUAUUUUGCUAUUCUAAGUAAAGAAGACCACUGUAAAAGACAUCCCAAAUUUAUGGACUUAGUUUUAUAAUAGUAACAAGAAAUCCAUCUUUUGUAAUGUUUAAGAAGUCUGCCCUUCAGUGGAGUAUUUCCUUAUUUAUGAAUGCCUCUGUAUUCAUCUGUAGGGUUGGUGUAUUAUGUUUUGAAUUCAUUCCUCCUGGCAUUUUUGAUCCCUGAAUUAUUUGAGGCAAUUGUACAUUAUAGCAAAAAUGACACAGGAAAAUGAGUCCCUUAAAGCCUUUGACUUAAAUUGUUUUAUCUCCAUUGUACCUUACUGUUACCUUAAUGAACAAAGACUUUCCAUGGUUGCCUUUCAGUUUCAGUGACCCCCUGAAUGGGGGAAAUGGUUUGUUUUAAUUGGCUGGCAAGUCCUAACCAGAUAAGCUUGUGCUUAUCCAGAUGGAUAACUCUUGCCUGCAACAGAAAAGAAAUGCAGUAUAUAGGGUAAGGAGAACCAGCCCAGUGAGCAUACCAAAAUGGGAAGGAAGAACAUGAAAAUAUAAGAAGUACCUUGAAAUAACGUGACAGAAGCAACACAGACUAGCCUGCAAUGGAGAAAAUGUCGCUUUAAGCCAGCAACACAGUCCCAGCUUGCUGGGUGUGGUGGCACAAUGAGCUACCUUAUGACUUUCAGGAUUCUUCUUGGGUGGCAUAGCACAGAAGGAGGGAAAAUUAUUUAUGCCUAAUUUUGAACUUUGAUUUCUUUACCAGGAAUUCUCUUUCCUUUUCCUGCAAGUGCGAUAAAGUCUGGCUCCUAUUACUUCUCCCACCUCAUCUUGUGCCCUCUCCCUCAUGGUCCUGGCUUGUUGGUGCUCUUUUUUUUUGUUUUUUAAACAGUCCCCCUUGUGUCCACCUUUGGAUCUUAACUCUAGUUCUUCCUUCUGCUGGUCUUCCCUGUUCAUCAUGUGGCUGGAUUCUUCUCAGUACUCAGACCCCACAUGAAAUGCAUCUUUCCAGAGUCUGACAAGCAUUCUUUCCUCACAAACCUGCCGCCCUGACACAGAGCAUUCCGUCAUCCCAUCCCGUCUCCUGUGUUAUCUGACUCCCGACUCCCGUUAGAGCAUAGUCUGUUAGAGGGCAUGGACGUAGAUCAUAUUUUCAUUGCUGUGUCCCUAAUGCCUGAAAAAGACCCAGCAUAAAGUAGAUGUUCAAUAAAUAUCUACUGACUUAAUCAAAACUGAAAGGAUAAUUUUAUUACCUCACAGAACUUGGAAUUCCAUUUCAUUGAUUCUCUUUGGGUAGGCAUAUGUUGAGCAUGUCAAGACGGUCAGUGCAAAUUUGAGAAACCUCACCUGGUGGGCUGGAUCUGCCCCUUGUUCAACAUAUUAUUUCUUUUCCUCACUAUGACCCCAGAGAGAAUCGAGAGAAUGUUGGUUAUCAUGGGAACAUUGCCUGCUUCUCAAUUUCUCUCUUGAAGUCUUUAUUAUGACUUCUUACAUUAAAAAUCCUAUUCAGGAACAAUUCAUGCGGUGUGAUACUGCUAUUGCCAGCAGUCUACAUCAAGAAAGUAUGAAUUGACGCCUAAAAGAAAAUUUAGAGGGAAAAGGAAAGAAGAAAAGAAAGGUAAGAUAAGUGGGGAGAAGAAAAUUCCAUUUGGGGAGCUGUCUGUAAAGCACAAUCCUUUUCUGCUCAUUCAUUCAAACUGUUCAUGCUCUUAAGAGUCAUCAAGCUUGAGAGGUAGACUUAAAACCUCCUCACUUUAUUUUCUUUAUUCUCAGUGCAGUAAAAGCUACGAGAGGCUUUUAUAAAGAAAGAGACAGGAUCUGAUGGCUCAGGGGAGAUGAUGGGAAGGGAGCUGGGGGGCUGUGCUGGGAAGAGAUGAGAGCCAGCAAUGGGCCUCCUUGGGUUGCAAAGAGCCUUCUCACUAUUUCUGAAAAUUUAUGCUGAUAUGUGUGAGCAAAGCUCCAUUUUCGUCCUUCACUCUGGGUACGAGUAGGAUAUUAACCUAGAAACUUAUGUCUUUCAGUUUGGGAAACUUUUCUGGAGUUAUUAUUAUUUUUUUUUUGAUGAUUUUAUUUCUUUACUUUUUCUCUUUAUUUUCUUUUCACCAUGGCCUCUUUGUGGAUGUUGAACUUUUCAGAUUGUUUCUCUAAUGUUUUCUUAUUGUCUUCUCUCCCAUUUCUGUUUAUUCUGAUUUCUGAGAUAUUUUCUCAACUUCAUCUCCCAUAUUUCUUUUUGCAAUGUUUUGUUUUUGCUUUCUUGCUGCUGGAAUCAAAUCCAGGGCCUGUGUGUGUUAGGCAAGCACUGACCACUGAGUUUCAUCCCCAGCCCUACAAUGUGCGUAUUUUAGUUUUUUGCCUUUUAUAUAUUUUUAAAUUCCAAAAUUUUUAGAAAAAGUCAAAUAUCAAGAAAAACAUCCUUCUUUGUCAGACUUGCUUCAGGACCAAGUCUUAUUCCUUAUACUGUUGAGCACCACGCCCCUUGAUGGUAAACUCUUGUGUUUACGCUGCUAACAAAUGGGGUGGGAUGCAAAGAGGGCCUUGGAUGUUCUUGUCAUAUUGGAGAAAGCCUCAGGUGCACCCCGCGGUAGCUGAGUAAGUUCUGGGAUGGCUGAUACCAAGAGGGGAGAAGGGGCAUCGAUUGGGUGGCCGACCCAGGACAAGGCUGCCUUUGGUUGUGCUAGGCAUGUGGGUAUUAGGAAUGCCAUCCUCUUAAGCAACUUCUCUUCCUGAAGUUCUUUCCUUCUGUUCAUAUACAAGUUAGUUGCCAGGGUCUGUUGGUUUUGCUUCUGCAUUUCCUUUUGGUUCCAAUCUCUCAUCUGUAUCACCCCUGCUGCUAUUCAGGCCUUCAUCUUUACUUGUCUCCUUCUGGGGUCUUCUUACGUUCCAAUGAGUUUAUAAAUGUCUCUGUUCUCUUAAUUCUCAUCUGUUCUGUGCAUUGCUUUAGUAUUAAAUUUUAUGUAACAUUUCAAAACUUAGAGCUGCCCAUUGACUACUGGAUUACUAAAAAUGUCUGUAUGUGACACUCAAGGACUUCUCAUGUACUCCAUGAAUCACACCAACUGACUGCAUGUGGCUCCCGAGUGUUCUCUUUCUCCUGCAGCUCCUGCUCUGUUUAUCUGGAGGGCCAACCCUCAUUUCUACCCACUGAAUUCCUGCUCAGCCUUUAAUGAUGUGGCCUAGGGGUCACCUCCUUCAUGAACAUGAAGUCUGUCUUUUUCUUCUUUUCUUAAAAAAAUUAAUACCAGGGAUUGAACCCAGAGUUGCUUAAUCACUAAACCACAUCCCCAGCCCUUUUUAUAUUUUAUUUUGAGACAAGGUCUUGCUGAGUUGCUUAGUGCUCUGCUAAGUUGCUGAGGUUGGCUUUGAACUCAAGAUCCUCCAGCCUCAGCCUCCUGAGCUGCUGAUGAAGUCUUUCUGAUUCUGUCCACCAGGUGUAAUCUCAUCUUGCCUUGAAUCUUGAUAGGAUUUUGUGAUACUUGGCAUUUGUCUCUUUCUGCCUUGUAGGAUAAUUAUUUGUGGACACAUUUUUUCUCAACCUCCAGAGGUUGAGAAAAGCACAUUCAUUCUUACAUUUUUAGUGAGUUUUGCCUCUUGCACAUUAUGAUUUUCAUAGUUGAUUUUAUUAACUUAUGAAAGCCACAUGGGAUACUCCCAAAAUGAAUCAUAUGAAGAUUUAUUAGUUCAACUAAUAUUUAUCCAGUGUCUUUUUGUUACAUUUUGUUAUAGAAAAAAAUCAUGAUUUAUUAAUCCCUGGAAUUUACGACAAAGAAACUAAUGAAAAAAUGUGUUCAUGAGCUUCACCAGUAUGCUGGUUUAUUGAGAUAGCAAUCAGAAAAAGUUAUUUUUUUCUAGUACAAAAGUGAGUGGAUAAAAAAACCCCAAUGUUAUAAUUCUAGAUAAACCUUGUAAGAAGGAAUAUAAGAAGACAUUUUAGUGCCAAAAUAAUAGUAAAUCAGGAAUAAAAGUUAUAGCAUAUGAUAAAUAAUUAUAAAAAUAUACAGUAUUUUUAUGUCUAUAAAAAUGUACAGUUUUUUGGUUGGUUCCACUUCAGUUGGGAGCAGAUUGUUAUCUCUAUAGUUUGCACUUAGAAUAUUGACGUCCCUAUUAAGAUUUAAAAAGUAAAUCCAAUAACUCUCUAGAUUGUGUUAAUAUUGGCUAUUUUCUUGGAAAGAAAUUAGCAUCAAUUUUCAUUUAGAUUGAAAAGUAUUUUCAAAGGACGACUUAUGUGCAAGUGGUGGUAAUGGCGCUUGAAGUAAUUAGGGUGUUUAACAACCAGUUAGAAAAAAGCCCACUAAUUAUUCCGUCUUCUUUCUUUUCCUCCCACAAGGAUGGGAAACACUGGAAAGAACUUGGAUCAUAUACAGAUUUGGUUUCUCCCCUCCUUUUUAACUUACAGUAUCAAAGGUCUUUACAAAAAUAAUUUCCCAAGUCCUUUGAGUUUAAGAGUACUCAUAGUUUGGACCUGUAGAGGUCAUAGAUUUGGAGAAUGAAGGUCAUCUGGCUCCUGAAGAGGUCUUGCUUCAUGAAGAAUAUUUUAUGCCUUUCUUUAAAUGAUUUGUUUAUACAAUCAUCUGUUGCUGAUUCAUGGACUGAUGAUUUUUGUAUGUACGUAUAAAUAUUUUAUAUAUACUUA